GUGUGGUCAAUAAUUCAAGCUCAAAUAAAAAACAAGAGAAAGAUCAUACGCAUGCGCGGCUAAAGUCUACGUCAGCUCUUCUUUUUUACUAGCAAGCUGCCUGAAAGCUACGUGGCUCUCACUCCUCUGAUUGUCUUCAUAGCUAACAGGAUAGAAACAGCCUAAACACCAUGGAUCAAGUAAUGCAGUUUGUCGAGCCCAGUCGGCAGUUCGUCAAAGACUCCAUAAGGCUCGUAAAGAGAUGCACAAAACCCGACAGAAAAGAAUUCCAGAAGAUUGCCAUGGCCACAGCGAUUGGGUUUGCUAUCAUGGGUUUCAUUGGUUUCUUCGUCAAACUCAUUCACAUCCCCAUCAACAACAUCAUUGUUGGUGGUUAGAUCCUGGUUGAGCAAAAACACAAACUUUGAUAUCGGGGGGCAGGAGAGGAUCUGGAGACAAACGUUAUCGGGCUGGUGUGAUCGGGAACUGAAGGGAUGGCAUUUCUACAUUCUGUACACAACAUUUAUAUUUCGCUGUGUAAAUAAAACAAAUUGAAACCCAGA